ACGUCCGUGCUGCCUCUAGCCCUGCAACGUCUGUGCCAGGCGAGCGCCCUAUCCACCCUCCACAACAUCACAGUGGGUGUGCUGUGGCACCUGCGCCCGCACACACCCCCUCCUGCCUCUCGCGAAGCGGCCACAGCCACAGAAACCCCCCCGCCCGUGCCCUUCUCGGCGCUGCUGGUGCCGCCGCAGGGGGUGGCAGUGCGUGUGUCGCUGCCUGCAGGGGUGGUGGCAGAGGGGAAGCGAUUGCAGGUGCAGCAGGCAGAUAGGACGGAAGACUUUGGUAUUGCACCGGUGGAGCGCAAGUGUGGGGAGAGGGAGGAGGAGGAAUGGAGCCCUCUGAUGCUGCCCAUGGAGGUCUAUGUGCCCCGCUCUCUUGCCCGCGCCAUGGCAUCCACUGGCCCAUGCCGGCUGUACGACGAGACCAUGAGGUGCUAUCAGGCGCUGCAGCCGUCAGCAGCGGUGCAAGCGAUGGUGGAUGGAGAGGAUGUGGGGCGAGUGAGGGGCACAACGGGAGUGCUGCUGGAGGACCCCAAGGUUUCAGGAGCCACUGCUGCUGCUGCAUCAUGCCCCAACGCCAAGCUCCUCCCCACGUGCCUCAUCCGCAAUCUCACCUCCCUCUUCCUCCGCCACCCCGCCCUCGACUUCACUCUCGCCGCCGCCUCCCCUCCCCUGCCCGCCCGCUCCGUCGCCUCCGCCUUCCACCCCAACCGCGCCCCCCUGCUGCCCCUCGCUGCUGCAUGGCGGGCGGAGCACUGUGGGGACGGAGGGAGUGCGGACAUUGCCACAGCUUGCUACCAACGACUGCUAGCAGAGCUUUUUCUGCUUGCAGACGCCCCUUCCCUCAUCUUCACUCACAAGUCGCCCGCCUUCUCAUUCGUUGUGGCGCGCGGGUCAACACGGCAAUCCCGAGGGCUUGAGGGGGCGUUCAGAGUGGUGCAGCCGGCGCUGUGUGCUGCUGCGUGCCCCAAACCGCUGCUGGAGAAUAAAUUCGCCCAACACAUGAUCGUAGAUGAGUCCCUCAAGGUGCUCUACUGCGCGCUCCCCAAGGUGGGCAACACAAGCUGGAAGCUCUGGUUCCGCCUCAUGAAGCUUCGUGGAAACUACUCCGAGUUCCACUCUUUCAACAAGACCAGCUCUGACAACAACGCGGGUUCUUCUGCGAAUGGGACGGCCGCAGCAGAUGCUGGGGUUGGGGGAACAGCAGCAGCAGAAGGGACAGCAGCACCAGCAGCAGCAGCAGCAGCGUCAGAGCCAGCAGCAAUAAACAUAACGACCGAGGAUUUCAAGAUGAUUCACCUGCGUGGGCUGAACGGACUGACGGAACUCCCAGAUUUCCACGAGGAAGCGGCCAUCCGUUUCAUCACGCGGCGGGACGUGUUCCGAUUCACGUUCGUGCGCAACCCUCUCACGCGCGCCACGUCAGCGUUCCUCGACAAGUUUGUGCACGCGCGAAAUUUCACGAAUGAGGGCGAUGCGCGGCUAUAUUGGGCGGACGCCAUGUUUGGGCAGACCAAGCUGCUCAAGAAGAUGUUAAAAGAGCACCCCACGGGUGAAUUCUCGUUUGCGGAGUAUCUGGUUCUUGUGGAGGAGGCUCUUAAGGGGGAUGCUGAUAAGAUCGAGAAUCACAUUGACAAGCAGAUCGACCUCUGUGCGUUGGAUCGCGUGCAUUACGACUUCGUGGGUCGCUUCGAGAACAUGUCUGCUGACGUGGCAGCAGUGAUGCGUCAGCUCAACACGUCAGAUCUUGGGAUCUUCCAGAAGGGCAAGUCCCUCCAGCUCACAGGCGCGGACCAGCGUUCGGCACAGUUGUACGAUAAGGUGAGUGCUCAGUGCUGCCAUUCCCAUUUGAUGAGUGCUUUCUUCCAAUCAGAUAACCCGAGUGCGUUGGUCAGUCUGCAUCGCUCGUAA